ACGUCAUCAAACCAUGCCUUUUUUGAAAAUAUGUAAUUCUUAUUUUUUAAUUCUAUGAUCAUGCAAACAUAUUUAUUGGAUUCUUUAACUGCGUCACAACCAAACUUUUGGCUUUUAUGCGGUCUGAAUUAAAAUCUUUCUCGACGAAAUGAUCUUCAAACCUCUUCUGGUUCUUGGGGUCUUAUCGACCUUUAUGUCUGUUGCCCUAGCGGGCAGUUCGUAUUUGUGCACCGAAGAUGUCCACUGUCAAACUCAGGUUGCUUUGAACGGGGGUGGGGAGAAUGUCGAGUGCUGUUCAGAUGACAAAUGUCACCCAAACUGCAACUGGGAACUCUGGGCGUUUCUCAUAUUCUUCAUAGCUUUGCCAAUUUCGGCCUGCGUGUGCUGCACUCUUUUCAUCGGGGGUAUUGUCUACUGUAUUUUCAAAGCAGCGAAAAACGAUAAUCAAAUCGUGAGCCCUGCUUCGGGUGUCUACUACACAAGUGCACACCAGCCGCAGCCUUCCUAUGCCAGUCCACCUUCCUACAGUCCCAAUCAGAUGCAGCCCCCUAAAAACCCCACCCCCCAGCCGGAACCACAACAGCCACAGAGCUCAAGCGAAUCUGAGCCUCCUUCUCCUCCCGCUGACUAUUCCAAUUACCAAAGGAGCCAGGUCAAUUUCGGUUUCGUCCAGUCAUAAAUGAGACAGUUGUCAAAAAAAUAGAAGAAGACAAAGACACGGGAAAAUCAGAGCGCACAAAAAAGAGCAAAAUUUGAGCUGAACGUUCAGAAAACCAUUCAACUUCACGUAUAUCUUAAAUGAUUACAAAAUAAUUUUGCUUGAAAAAUAUCUAUGCCGAACGAAAUUUAAUUGAAUCAGA